AUGAUUUCCUGCCUGACACCUGUGCCCACGCAUAGAUGGAGCACAGAGCUGUUCUUUUGCGAGGGACCCAAUGGUGCCACUGUCCCAAGUAGAGCAGAGAGGCACCAGAGGCGGACUGAGCCAUCAUGGUGGGUGUUUAUACACGGAGAAACUCAGGUGCUGAACGCUGAUGCUUCGAGAGACGUGUUCAAAGCACGCCAUGCUCCCCUCGGCCUGCGCUUCCCGUCUAUGCUGAGUGUGUGCUUGACAGAGCAGAGCCCAAUGCAGGGCACAUCUGCUGCGGACGCCCCUGGCACCACCAUAUGGCUGGCAAACAUGCCCGCUACUCCUUCUGCACAAAAGACCCAAGGAUCGCACGAGUUUUUUGUGAAAAGAGAGAGUGAGAGAGAUGAUUGUGGAGGGACGGUGAGAAGGAGCAGCUGA